AUGCAUCCUCCCGUGGAGAGCAUGGGGUCAACGGAGAGUGUUGCGGAGCAGGGGCACCUCUUCCGCUUUGUGGUGGAUGACGUCUACCCUGACGUUCCCCACACCGCGCGCCCACGGCACUACUACGUCGUGUCUAGGGACCCGUCGCGCGCCCGCGCCUACUGCUACCUGCUUCUGAGCCUCUGCGAGCUGAGUGACCGUACCAGGCUGAGCCGCUGGAUGGCACUGUACAGUCACCUCUUUGGUGAAAUUGACUCCGAGCUCUUUUUUGAAAUGCUUCGUGGCCUCGCACGAGCGUGCACCUUUCAAUACGCCUUCUUCGUGGAUGAGAAUGUUGCCCGGUUGGCGUUAAGCGCAUUGACGAGAGAUGAGGCCUUGACUCCGUGCGAGCGACACGGCGGAGAGCCACGGAAGCAUGAGUUACAGACGCUGGGAGGUGCGGGGACGACAGCAGCCAUGGAGUCCAUCGCGGACGCCGACAGACAACGCCACGUCGAGGCCGACCUCUUGCAUGGCCGCGCUGCCCCAGGCACGUCGUUGGCAGAACACACACAGCUGGAGGAUAGAUCACGAGAGACGCAACUUCUUCUGCAGCUGGAGCACAGCCAACACGAGAGAGAGGUGGCUGCGCUGCGUGAGGCGAUGACCGCGAUGGAGCAGAAACUGAUUUGGCACGAACAGGCGCAUCAGUACCGACUUAGACAUCACCGUGUUCAACACCAGGGCGGACCGCAUCGCUUGGAGAGGGAGAUGCAACAACACGAGGCAGAACUCUACCGCGACCAGGGCCCGAUGCUGCGGGACCAGGAGCGUCUCAUCCAGCAGUUGUCGGAGGAGAACGCCUUCUUGCAGCGGCGUCACCGGGAGUCAGGAAUAGAGGCAGAGCACUGGCGCACGGAAUGCCAAGAGCUCAGGCAUAGACUAAACAACACCCUGAUGACGGCGUCGUGUCCCUUGAACUCUGUCAGUCGGGAACACUACGGCAACCUAGAAAAGCGGCACCAGCUGCUUCACAGGGAAUUUGACGAGUUAUCGUUAGAAAGAUCGGAGAUGGAGCGGCAACUACAGCAGGCACGUCAGGAAUUGCACCAACGCUGCGUCGAAAGGGACAACGCCGUGCGCGUGCUCGAUUCAUUGCGGAGGGGGCUCGACUACGUCGGUCGCAGGUUGCCGCUGCUGUGUGGGAUGCCCGCCACAUGUGCCGCCCGAAACCUCCACGCGUGA